AUGCCGAAGAAGACUAAAAAAGAAAUUAAAGACGAACGAUUAAAAUCAGCACUUGCUGAUGAAGAUUCUGAUUCCUACGAUGAACAAAGUGAUGUUUCUACAUCAACCAUGGCUCGUCAUGCCACAAUGGAACAACUUGCAACAGAAUUAUCGGAAGGAAUUGAAAACCUCACAGAAAAGGCUGCUGCUAAACGUUUGGAAGGCUUGACUACUAUUUGCAAAAUUAUGAAAUUACGUUAUAUUAUUGAAAUUCUAGGUGGACAAUUAGAAUCUUUAAUUAAUGGUGCUAUUCAAUGUUGUGCUAAAUCUACAUCAGCAGAAGAAACAAUUUUAGCUUUUAAUUUAUUUACUCUUAUUUCUACAACUAUUGGAGGAUGUUCAUCUGCCAAUGACCAAAGAAACUUGUUUGGUUCCAAGUCUUUGAAUACUAGUAAAUCAGCCAGUGUAAUCCUCACUGAAGAUAAUAGCUUGAGAAUGAAGGAAGUAUUAACAAGACAUGCUGAUGCUGCUACAAAGAAAAAGUCCGAAGUUAGAUGUGAAGCAUUAUUCUCCUUGUCAGUAUUGGAAUUUAUGGAUUGUUCUCCAGAAGAUUUGAUUUUGGAAAAGGAAAAUAACAAGUUGGAUGUUUUUAAACAAUAUUGGAAUGACCAAGAUGAACAAGUUGCUUCAACAGCUAUUGAAGGAUGGUCUUUGCUUGCUACAAUGAUUCCGAAUAAGUAUAAGGUUUCAAUUCUUGUUCCAUCAUCAUUGAAACUUUUAUCUAGUAUUAUUGCUUCUGAAACUAAAAGUUCUAGUGAAAAGAUUGCUGCAGGUCAAGCUGUUGCUCUCUUAUUUGAUGCUAUUAAUAAUAUGGAAGAUAGUUCAAUUGCUCAAGUAGAAUAUGAUAAUUUGGUGACAGCCAUGAAUAAGGUUGCUUCCAUCUCUACUAAAUCUGUCUCAAAGAAGGAAAGAGCAACACAAAGAAUGAAUUUCCGUAACUUUGUUAAUACUGUUGAAGAUGGUGAUUGUCCAGUUGAAGAAAUGAACGUUUCUGGUAAUGUUCUCUUGUUUGAAAAUUGGGAUCGUUUGGUUCAACUUGUCAAUUUUAAGAGAGUAUUGGAAGGAGGAAUUUUGGAACAUUUCAAAUUUAAUUCAAAUCUACAACUUGCAUUUGGAGUUGAUGGCAUGGAUCUCAGUGUUGAAAAACAAGCUUCCAAGCUCGAUUCCAUGCAAAAGAAAUUCUAUCUUUCAAAGAAUUCUGACUUUAACAAGAAUGAUACCCUUGAAAAGAAUAAGCUCACUAGGCAAUUUUCAAAUUAUGUACAAACUGAAGAAGAUUAA